AUGCGAGCCCCAGUGCAGGAGCAUCUCUUAAUCGUGGUUGCACUUGAGGAGGAUCCCCGGCUGGUGGAAGUCAUCCGCAAGGCACACCCCAACGUGAACAUCACAUGGGUUAAAUCCCCGAGUCGAGGGCCAGGAGUAAUUCCUGGGGCGUGUGUACCUAGAGAUAUUUGGCAAUCUGCAACCAUUCUUUUGACGGACGAGGAACUUCCUCCCAGGCCCGAAUACGCUCCCAAUCUAAAAUUUAUCCAACUACACACAGCUGGCAUUGACCAGGUCAGCAAGCAUCCAAUGGUGGCCAAUUCAACCGUCAAGAUAGCCACUGUGUCUGGUAUCCAUGGCCCGCCCAUUGCUGAAUGGGUAAUGAUGAGCUACUUGACAUUUUGUCGGAAAUUCUACACCUCAUAUCAGUGGCAGCAGAAGCACGAAUGGCACGGCUUUGGUGAUAGAAUGCGCGGCAUCUACGACAAUCAGGGCAAGCGGGUCGGUAUUCUUGGAUAUGGUAGUGUUGGACGACAUGUUGCCCGCGUCUCUGCCGCUCUUGGCUCCUCAGUCAUUGCCUACACCAUGUCUCCACGGGACACACCCGAGUCACGACGUGACCGUGGCUACAUGGUCCCAGGCACAGGCGAUCCCGAGGGUGUCAUCCCCGAAGCAUGGUUCAGUGGCAAGGACAAAGCGUCGCUGCACGAAUUCCUUUCACAGGACCUCGACCACCUCGUCAUCUCUGUGCCCCUGACUAGGUCAACCGAGAAGUUCAUUGGGCCCGAGGAAUUCAAGAUUCUUGCCCGCAACAAGACUUUUGUCACCAACAUUUCACGUGGCAGGGUCAUUGAUCAGGAUGCACUCAUUGCGGCCCUUCACGCUGGUGAUAUUCGUGGUGCUGCCCUAGAUGUCACUGACCCGGAGCCCCUCCCUGUCGACCACCCUCUGUGGGAUGCACCCAAUUGUCUAGUGUCCCCGCAUAUGAGCUUCUUGUCGGAGAAGGCAUUUGAUCGCAUUUUUGACAUUCUCAGAAUCAAUCUGGGAAGGUUGUUCCGUGGCGAGAAGCUAGUGAAUCAGUUGGAAAACUCCAAGGGAUAUUAA